AUGUCGAAGCGAGGACGCGGAGGAUCGGCGGGUAACAAGUUCAGGAUGUCUCUAGGUCUUCCAGUGGCUGCGACGGUGAAUUGCGCCGACAACACCGGGGUAAAGAACCUCUACAUCAUUUCAGUGAAGGGAAUGAAGGGUAGGCUCAACCGUCUCCCUACUGCUUGCGUCGGUGACAUGGUUAUGGCCACCGUCAAGAAGGGUAGGCCCGAUCUCAGGAAGAAGGUCACGCCUGCAGUCAUUGUCCGCCAGCGCAAGCCAUGGCGCCGAAAGGACGGUGUCUACAUGUACUUUGAAGAUAAUGUUGGAGUGAUUGUUAAUCCCAAGGGAAAAAUGAAAGGUUUUGCAAUCAGUGGUCCCAUUGAAAGGAGUGUGAUGAUCUUUCGCCUAGGAUUGCGAGUGUUGCCAAUGCGAUUGUUUAAUGCACCGCAUCUUAAUUUUGAAGAGAACUAUAGUUUACUGAAUGUUUGUUUUAGGUAUCUGGUACUAUCCUUUUGUGGAUGUGGUAAUUUUAAUAGACGGUUGGUAUGUAAGAGUUAA